UUACAAGGUAACAAUUUAUAAAUCAUAUUUGCUGUCAAAAUGGCGACGGUCGCCAGAAAACAGGAUUUACCUCCUCCAGGAGGAUAUCAAAAAAUUCCAUAUGCAAGAGUUCCUGCCAAAACAUUCUUUUCAGGAUGGAGUAUGUUAGCUGGUUUUGCAGGAAUAACUGCAGCUAGUUUAUACGUUUAUUUUAUCACCUACAAAGGUAUCAAACAGAAUGAAAUCGAAAGUCGAUCAGCACGAUUAGCGUUAUUCCCAUUAUUAUUAGCCGAAAGAGAUCGUGAAUAUUUAAAACAAUUACGUAAAAAUCGUGAAGAAGAACGUGAAUUAAUGAAGAAUGUUGAUGGAUGGAAAGUUGGUACAUUAUUUGGUGAACCAAUUUACAAAACACAAAAAGAAGAUAAACUUGUGGAACCAACGUUCCAUGAAUACUAUGUUCAUGCUGAUCAUAAAUCCUUUGCCCAAAGAGCACACAUUAAAUUAUGGUCUUAAAAAAUAUUUAUUUUUUCGUAAUUUAGUGGUGCAAAAAUAUGAAAAUGUAGAA